AACUUUCUAAUCGUGGUCCCCCCCUCCAUCCCUAAUAGUUUUCUCUAUCAUAUCAGUAGGCAGGUCCUUCCUUUCAUUAUACGCGCAGGUCGUUCUUUGUAUCACUUAACCCUUGACCGGAAUAACUCAUGUCCUUCAAACGGUCAUCCGGUCUUGACUUUAAAGACCGCAAUCCAUUCAGAGAUCAGGACCCCUUCGUCGACGGCGCAGGUGACUAUGCGCUCAAUUCUAUCCCACCGAGCCACCUCCAGCGCAACAAAGCAGAGCGCCUUCGCCUCCAGGGUAUCCAGCAGCCUCUACCAAAUGCUGGCAUCGGUGCACUCAAAGUUCCCGAUGGUCCUCGUACUCUCGGUCAAAAGUUUGACUGGUGGAUGAUUAACGAGGGUGGAAAACGCCUCUUUUUCUUUGCCUGGAUUUUCUUCCACAUGCUUGUUAUUGCAUUCGGUUUCAUGAACUACCAGCUCAGUGACGACCUCACCGGUGCCCGCGCAACUUUUGGCAUAACCUAUCGUAAGCAUUCAAAUUUGUGCAGGUUUCCUUCUUUUAAUGUUGCUACAGCUAUUGCGAGAGCUGCAGCACUUGUACUACACACCGAUGUCAUCUUCAUUCUAUUGCCAGUCUGCCGAAACUUCAUCUCCCUGCUUCGCAGAACACCCCUUAACCAAUUUAUUCCAUUCGACAAGAACAUAACUUUCCACAAGGCAACAGCCUGGUCCAUGGUUAUAUUUACUGUCAUCCACAUCGCUGCUCAUAUGGGCAACUUCUACAAACUCGCCCUCGCUGAUCCAAACGCAACUACUUUUGGCAAGCGUGUGAUUGUUUUCUUGCGAGCAAAUUUUGCCACCGGUCCUGGUGCUACGGGUUGGAUCAUGACCGCUGCCUUGGGCAUCAUGGUCUGGUUCGCCAUGGAGAAGAGGCGCCGUGCCAACUUUGAGAGGUUUUGGUAUACACACCAUCUGUUCGUCGUCUUUUUCCUCGCUUGGCAGUUCCACGGUAUGUGGUGCAUGAUCAAGCCGGACAGACAACCGUUCUGUUCCUUCAACUCUAUAGGUGUCUUCUGGCGAUACUGGCUUGUCGGUGGCCUCAUUUGGACGUACGAGCGCAUUCUGCGCGAAGUUCGCUCACGUCACAAGACGUUUAUCUCCAAGGUCAUCCAGCACCCGUCGAAAGUCAUUGAAAUCCAAAUUAAAAAGGAGAAGACCACUACACGGGCGGGGCAAUACAUCUUCAUAUCUUGCCCAGAGAUUUCUUACUUCCAGUGGCACCCCUUCACGCUUACGAGCGCUCCGGAAGAGGAUUACAUUUCUGUGCAUAUCCGUGUCGUUGGUGACUUCACCUCUGCGCUUGCGAAGGCUGUAGGCUGCAACUUCGACUCUAAGGAAUCCAAAGAUGCCGACACUAGUGGUGGAAAGGUUAUUGGCACGAACACAAACCCGCCGCUCAACCGAGUGCUCCCUCGUGUCAUGGUUGACGGACCGUUCGGUAGUGCCAGCGAGGACUUCCUGAAUUACGAGACUGUCCUCCUCGUUGGUGCUGGUAUUGGUGUCACGCCCUUCGCUUCCAUUCUGAAGUCAAUCUGGUACCGCAUGAACAACCUGAACAACUCCAAGCCUACCCGUCUCUCUAAGGUCUACUUCACCUGGGUCAUCCGCGACUUUGGCAGCGCCGAGUGGUUCCACUCGCUACUGCAGGCUAUCGAAGAGCAGGACACGUCCAAUCGGAUCGAGAUCAAUAUUUACCUCACUGCGAAGAUCAAGGAGGAUGACAUGAAUAACAUCAUCGUCCAAGAUGUCGGUGCAGAGAAGGAUGCCAUCACUUCUUUGCGUGCUCCCACUCAUUUCGGCAGGCCAAACUGGGACAAGGUGUUCGGUUCCAUGGUUGAGAAGCACCCUGAAACUGACGUUGGGGUGUUCUUCUGUGGUCCCCCAGUACUCUCCAGGCAGCUCCACCAGAUGUCCAAUAAAUACUCCAAUCCCAAAGGCACGCGUUUCUUCUUCGGCAAGGAGAAUUUUUAGGGUAGGUUGUUGCUCUGGAUACAGUACUGUUGCAUACUGUAGUAUUUAUGAAUAAUGCUAUGGAUCUGGAUUGGCCGAGAUAUAAGAGAUUACCACCCAUGGCCUAUGUUAUGCGUAGGUAUAACAGGGUAUGAUCUAAAGUAG